AAGAGGUCCUUUGAUAUUGAUGAUGUGAACGAGAUUCCCACAUUCUCCUCUACAUCUUCUGUCACAUCUCCCAUCAGCCCGAGUGCUAUCCUCAACAAGACAAAUGAUGUGAGGAGUCCAGGGAAUCAAGUGUCUCCUCCUUAUCGCUCCAGGAUUAGUAUCAGCUGCAGUCCUGCCCACAGCCCCGUUAUGAGAAAUAGGAUGGUGUCCAGUCUCUCCUUCAACCGAGGGACAAUGGGAAAGCCCACUAUCAAUGCCAGCUCUGGGAUCAACCGAGCUGCCUCUUUUCAAAACAAAUUCAACCCCAACGGCUUCACUUCGUCUUCCGGGCCAGGAAGUGACAAUGACAGUCUCCAUAGCUCGUCUUCCAGCCUGGAGUACCAGGCCUCUUCAAAACUCUGCUCCUACACAAGCCCUCCCCAGAGUCCUGUUGGUGUUGGGGAAUUCAAAGCCCAACGUUUAGGCAGCCCUGCCCUGAAGAAGUUCUCCUCACAUGGAAACAUGUUCCAUUCAGAGCUGGAGGGUCCUCUGGUCAUUUCAACUGAACCCAUGAGUAUUAGCCAUGGCUCCAUGCCUUCUUUGGACCUCCAGAUGGAGACUGCAGGAAUGAGACAAGUGAUUUCGCCUGGAUCACGAUUCACCAAUACAGGUCUGCAGUGGAGUCCCCAUAACAUCCAGAACAGCAGUUCCUUUGCAAGAGACUCCUCUAUCAACAGCCAGCCACCUAAGCCUAAAGAUCCGGUUCGCCUCAACAAGUUCCCUCUUGACCUUGAUAACUUGGUUUUCAAGUCUCAGACGGAAUCCACAGGAGCACCUAAACCACCUCCAAGAUUCCACACGCUAUCCAACAGUCCCACUGUCUCAGCAAGUCCCUCUGCAUCCAUCAGCAGCCUGGACAGCGCCGACCUACCCAUGGCCCACAACAACAACAACAGCAUCAUUGAAAAGAAAGAGCCCAUCACUCCUCCUGGAGCUAUCCCAGUACCCAACAUCAGCAAAUCUCCAGUGCCUCUGUCUCCAGCCCAGACUCCACAGUUCAACGUGGUCUCUAAGCCCCAAGUGGUCCAGGUGGCCCCUGCUUCACCUUCCCUGUCAGGACGGAUGGAGAUCAGCAAUGAUAUCGAUCAGGACGAUGUCCAUGCCAAAGAGAGCGUGGGUUCCAUAUUACAGCGAAUCGCCUCUUUCUCCAAAGUGGAGACUAAGGUGCCAGUGUCUGAGCCAAGUCAGGCCAUCCCCCUGAGUAAUGGCAUCAAAAAAGACUCACCAGCAAUACAACGUAAGGAGCUCAAGAGAUCAGAAGACACAGCACAGGAGCAGGGCCUGGAUCUGGAGCCACCUGUCCGGAUGGAGGAGGAGAUGGAGGUGAUGGAGGAGAGGGAGGUGGAGGAGAGAGUGGUGGAGAUAGAACAUCCUCUGCCAUGCCUCAGUGAAUCUGACACACAAGGCAUUAUCAAGGGCAGAGAUCUAUUCGGAUAUGUUGGCAUUGAGGCAGUGUUGGACCAGAUGAGACGCAAAACCAUGAAGGCUGGCUUUGAAUUUAACAUCAUGGUGGUUGGUCAGAGCGGUCUGGGGAAGUCAACGCUCGUAAACACACUCUUCAAGUCCAAGGUCAGCAGGAAGUCCUGCACUCCUAAUUAUGAGGAGAAGAUCUCGAAAACUGUCCACCUGCAAUCAGUCAGCCACGUCAUCGAGGAGAAAGGGGUGAAGAUGAAGCUUACGGUAAUUGACACCCCUGGAUUUGGAGACCAAAUCAACAAUGAGAACUGCUGGGAGCCCAUUGUAAAGUAUGUCAAUGAACAGUAUGAAAAAUACCUGAAGGAGGAGCUGCAUGUCAACAGGAAGAGAAGAAUCCCUGACACCCGCAUUCAUUGCUGUGUCUACUUCCUGCCAGCCACUGGACACUGGUUACGCCCUAUAGAUGUGGAGUUCAUGAGGAGACUGGGGAAGAUAGUGAGCAUCGUCCCUGUGAUCGCCAAAGCAGACACGCUCACUCUGGAGGAGCGGCUAGAGUUCAAACAGAGGAUAAGACAGGACCUCCAGGCCAAUGGGAUCAGAGUGUAUCCACAGAAAGAAUAUGAUGAGGAUGCUGAAGACCGGAUACUCAACGAUAAGAUUAGGGAAAACAUCCCCUUUGCUGUGGUGGGAACAGAUAAGGAACACCAGGUGAAUGGGAACAAAGUCUUGGGAAGAAAAACAAAGUGGGGGAUCAUCGAAGUUGAAAAUGUUGCGCAUUGCGAGUUUGCACACUUGAGAGAUCUUCUUAUCAGGUCCCACCUGCAAGAUUUGAAGGACGUCACUCACAACAUCCACUAUGAGGCCUAUAGGGUGAAAAGACUUAACGAGAGCAAUGCCAAUGGACUGGCGCUUUCACCUUUGACCCUGGAGAACGGUACCCUAGAGAAGAGCGAUGCAGAGAGUCACCUUUGAAAGGAAAUGGAGCGUGUACCCGUCCUUCACCCCCAGUCAGAAUGGGAGAGAUGAACAUUUCACUUCUAGAUUGCCAUUGAUGGAAAAUCGACACGUUUGACUAAAGACAUUUCUGCUUAGGCGUGUAAACAUCAUAUAUGAGUCUAUUUUUGAAACAAAUCUAUAUUGUUGGUAGGGUUCUGGGAUGAAUUAUGGGUAGAAUUGAACCAGGUUUUGGCUAAGAGAAAGUUUCCCUCUAUUUUUUUUUUCUCUCUCUUGAUGUUUUUGAUCCGUUUUCUGCCGAAUGAAAGGCACAGAGGGUUGGCAUGUUGGAAAAUGUGUGUGUGUGUGUUCCUGCACGCCUGACACCUCACUGGAUGAGAAAAUCCCAUAAUCCCUAUCUGUGUUACUGCACCUAUAUAUUUACACCGAACCAGUAAUGUGACAUGCUCCUUUUGAUCUUUUAUUUUCGUAAUUAUUUUAGGUUUUUUUACCGCAAAAUAUGAUCUUUCCCUGUACUUUUGUAAAAGAAGAG